UUGUUUCACUCACAGUUCUCUCUCUUCGCCCGUUCGUUCUCCGCCACCGCCGGUCGCCCUCGACGCUACCGCCGUUGAUCUCUCUGCUCGAGGGUCGAGGCCACCUCCGCUCGCCCUCGACGGCACCGCGGCUGACCCCUGGCUCGCCGUUUGCCCUCGAUGCCACCGUCACUCGCCCUCGACACCACUGCUCGCUGACCCCUGCUCGAGGCCACCUCCUCUCGCCCUCGACGGCACCACCGCUGACCUCUGGCUCGCCGAUAGCCCUCGACGCCACCGCUCGCUGACCCCUGCUCGAGGCCACCUCCUCUCGCCCUCGACGCCACCGCCGCUGACCUCUGGCUCGCCGAUCGCCCUCGACACCACCGUCGCUCAGGACACCGUCGCUUGAUUUUUGAGUUGGGUUGUUGAGGAAGAAUCUCCUUUUGGAAAACUGAUUGCUCAUUUUCUGUUAACUGUUAGUGAAAAUGAGAAUGAUGGUUUAAAGGGAGGAGAAACCUCUCGUGUUGGUUCCUCUUGUGGUGCCAGUGUUUGCUACAAUCACCAAAAUGGGCAGAUCAUUUGCAGCACGGUAAAAUGUAAAGCAGAUGGAGAAGAAUCAGAAAGUUUGGUCAAUGCUGGUCAAUCAAGAGUGCUAGGGAUGUCCCCAAAUGAUGAAGUGGAAGGAGAGAUACUCUAUUUUCAACGUAGAUUACUUGGCAAUGCAAUUGCUAGAAAACAAUUUAGUGAUAAUUUGAUUAAUAAGAUUAGAAGGGAUCUGCCACAGGAGAUUGAUUCAGUCAGCUCAUGGUCAAGACUCAAGUAUGGGAUACUGUGCUUGUCAACAAAUAUCUUGGUGAUCUCCGAGUGGCAAAGAAGCUGGGUAGGAAGGAGCGGAAGCACAAAGAAGCCCAGGCUGUUCUUGCUGCUGCAGCAGCUUCAUCUAGGAUUUCUUCACUCAGGAAAGAUUUGCUUGAUGGAUCAGCAAAUCGGGAGAAUUUGGGGAAACUCAACUCUACUAGUGGAAGGCCUGGUUAUUGUUCUCAACUUAUGCCACGAGCAAGGGAGAUAGUUCCUAAAGUGGGUGUCCGCAAGGAUUCACUGGAACGGCAUUCUGGGUCUAUUCAGUCAGCAUUGGAUUUUUCCAAAGAUCAUCCCAAAUCAUGUGAUAUCUAUAGUCGGCCUGAGACACUGAUGAAUCCUAUUUUAGUCUGUUCAAGUUGCAAGGUUUCUGUGCACAUGGAUUGCUACCGAAGUGUCAGAGAAUCCACUGGACCAUGGUACUGUGAAUUAUGUGAAGAGUUACGGAGUUCUGGAGCACCGGCUGUUGAUUUCUUGGAGAAAUUUACGUCUGCUGCCGAAUGUGCUUUAUGUGGAGGCAACACUGGUGCUUUUAGGAAAUGCAAAUAUGGUAAAUGGGUCCAUGCCUUCUGUGCUGAGUAUGCAAGCUGAUUGAACGACAUGAGCUGGAAUGCCAACUAUUUGAAUUUGAUGGCUUAAAUUCGCCUCUAAAACUGCAAGUACUUUCGGCCAGAGAUAGUGACUGUGACUGGAGAAUCACUCCGGACUUCUGUUUACUAUGAAUUAUUGGUAAUUAAUUUGCUUCCUUGCUAUUCUGCUGGCUUCUGGCUUCAGCAUGCUCUGUAUUGUAUCCCUGAAUUAGUGUUUUGUCGUCUUUUAUCAGAUUGGUCAUCUCGAAUGCUGCAAGCAAUGAGGUUUUGCAAGCUGCUUUAUCUGGGCAUGCCCUCCUCUGAAAGGGGAAGAUUACUUGUUUUAUUGUCAUCCUGAAAAUCAGAAAACACCACAUAAUCAGAAACUGCAGAAAUGGUUUGUCCCAUUUACCUUUCUCCUUCUGCAGUUGUUUGUUCAUCAAUUUGUUCAUGUACAUGCCUUCUCAAAAGACUAUGCCCAUCUUUUUCCCACUGAUUAUUCUGUUAUUCUUUUUUAUUUUUUUGAUGCUUUUU